UAUCUUUGUUUGUUUCCAGUCUUGACCGUCCCCAUCUUUCUCUCUCUCUCGCGCUCCCCUCGCUUUCUCUCUCUAAAGGCCAGAGCUUUAAGGCCAAUUCCAACUCAAAAGCCUCCGAUUCUCUCUCCAAAAGCUCGAGGAUUCCAAGCAGAGCCUGCAAAUUCCUAAGUUACAAUCUCCGCAGACCCGAAAGUCACAGCAGGGUUGUGAAUUUGUGAUUUAUCCAAAAGUGAAGAGACUGGUAAAAUAAUGGACAAGUUGAAUCUAUCUCAGUUGGGGGAGAGGUUAAAGAUAGGUGGAGCUCAAAUGGGUCGAAUGGUAAGUGGGAAAAUGAAGGAAAUGAAGGAGAUUCUGCAAGCACCGACCCCGGAAUCAAAGAUGAUCGACGAGGCCACUCUGGAAACCAUGGAGGAGCCGAAUUGGGGUAUGAAUUUGAGGAUAUGUGCAAUGAUCAAUAGUGAAGAGUUUAGUGGGUCCGAAGUUGUUAAAGCCAUAAAGAAGAAGAUUUCGGGUAAGAGUGUGGUGAGCCAGAGGCUGAGUCUUGACUUGUUGGAGGCUUGUACUAUGAACUGCGAAAAGGUGUUUUCGGAGGUUGCAUCGGAGAAGGUGUUGGAGGAGAUGCUUAGGAUGAUCGAUAAUCCGCAAACGGAUCCCGAAAAUAGACGAAGGGCUGUGCAAUUGAUUAGGGCUUGGGGAGAGUCUGAGGAUCUUGCGUAUCUGCCUGUAUUUCAUCAAACUUACGUGAGCUUGAGAGAAAGAAGCACCGAUCCUUUAGCACAAGAAGGGGCUUCGCCCUCGUUGCAGUCUACCUUGGAGUCAUAUGUUCAUGACCCGCUGUCUCCCCCUGAAAGAUACCCUGUACCUGACACAGGAUUGCAUGGAGGAGCAAAUCAUAGUGACUUCCCCUUUAACUAUCAAAACAUAGCAGUUGAAGACAAAAAAGAACUUCUUGUCGUAGCUCGUAAUAGCCUUGAACUUCUGUCAAGUAUUUUGAAUACCGAAACAGAUCCGAAACCUUUGAAGGAAGAACUAACCGUAAACAUGCUGGACAAGUGCAAGGAGUCUCAGCCAGUUAUUAAAAGGAUCAUAGAAACCACUACCGAUGAUGAAGGGAUGCUCUUUGAGGCCCUAUUCCUUCACGAAGAACUCCAACAGAUCAUUUCCAAGUACGAAGAAUUGGAAGCUUCUCAAAAGUCUGGAAUCCAACAGCUUGAAAAUCCUGCAAUCACCUGGGAUGAGGGGAUGGAAGCUGGUCUAAACCCUGGAGAACUGCCUGGAAACUCCAACACCACUGAGCGCGAGGAUUUGGAAGACACCCAAAAACAUGAUGGAAAACUGCCCGAAAAUUCCAGUGCUAAUGAAGGCAGCUCGUCCGCUCAGGUAGGAAACCAUAGCGAAACCAAAAUAGUUGGCUCUUCGCAGCAAGGCACCAAAUCCAGCGGUGCUUCUGAAGGCAGCUCAUCCGCUGAGGUAGGAGGAAAACAUAGCGAAACCAAAAUAGUUGAUUCUCCGCACAAAGACCCCAAGUCCAGCAGCGAAAAAUUAGGUGAAUGAAGGAAUCAAGCUCGAUACAUUUGGCUGUAUCCAUGCUUUGUUGUGAUGGCUGCGCCGCCGCGCUGCAGCCACGCAAAUGACGUUUUAUUUGCAAGACCAAUCCUCGGUUAUGAGGUUUUUCCAUUUUCUUUCCUUUCAUAGUAAAUAAUCGUUUCUGUAAACGUUGUAAUAUUUAUUGCUCGUGUGACCGCUUCAUUAUAUUCAUCCGUGCAAAGCCUUUUUUCCC